ACUCCACUUUUUUUACCGUCUCGGGGCGGGGUUGUUAUUCCAACGACGCCCCAAACCCAUGCACACCGAUACGUCACUAGGCUGCAAAUCGGGUGAGAAAAAAAUCUCCGUGAGGGCAUUGAAGGUAGCGUUCCUUCUCUUUUUCUUCUUCUCAUUCUACUUUUUUUUUUCCCUCACGGUUAAAGCUCAAUUGACGUCACCUACCCGCACUACGUAUACUUUUGCAUCUACAUACGCAUCUGCAUACACAUCCGUUCUCACGUGCUCUAUCCAUCCAGACGGAAAAGAGCAAGAAAAGUAAAGAGCUACGAAAAUGGUCUAUACAAUUGUCGUCCACCUUGUCGCGAAAGAUGAUGCAGAAUGCAUCCGCAAGCUCAGCGCCAAGCUUGUCGAGGCUAGCCAGGUGUACAGCCAGGAUAAAGAGACGCUGAGCUGGUUCGUCAUGCAGGAUACAAAGGAGCCGCGCAAGUUUUGUAUUGUGGAGAGGUAUGCGCAGGAGAGUUCUCAGCAAUACCACCUCAACAACCCGUACUGGAAGACGUUUGAUCCGUACGUUAUUCCGCUGCUGGCGGAGCCCAUGGAUCUGCGCCGCUUUGAGGAGCUGGAUACGAGUGCGAGCAAGGCGAGUGCACAUUAUCAUGAGGAUGCGGUGAAGACGGAGACGAGCUUGGGAGAUAUGUAUAAGGGGACUGAUGCGUAGUCGUUAUAUACAAUUUGCAGUGUAAAACAAGAAUUCGAGUGGUUAUUGACUCAAUUGAAAGAGUAUGAGUUGGUGUUUUUAUGUCAGGUGAUGGAAGUGAGAAAGUGGGA